CACCUUGGUCAGCUGGUCGACUCGCCACACCACUCAAAUCGGUGUGAACUGGGCGGCGUGUGGUGGGCGCGCCGCCGCCGCGCGCGCGCAUCACUACAAGCUACUAGCCUACUGCGGGUUGUCAAGCAUGCCCACACACACGUUGGUGGUGGGUGGGUGCUAUAUAGAGAAGGGUGUUGGUGUGCAUGCCAGCAGAUCCCCGUCCACGUCUCUCAGCACUCAUUGUUGCACUCUCUGCCUUCCUUACAGCCCCAAGCACACCCAGCACAUCACACACAAUGUCCACCUCCAACCAGCCCCACCACCUCCCCACGGACCCCCUCCAGAAGUCGCCGUACAAGCUCUCGACGGCGGGCAACAUCACCCAGGCGUCGUCGCAGGUCAACCGCAUGGCGCGCCGCGACCCCGCGCUCUACCCCCUCGCCUUCUGCAUUGUCGGCGCGUUCGCCCUCGCCGGAUACUACGGCAUGGCCAAGGCGACCAACCCCGAGCCCGCGACCAUGCUCCACUCCAAGGGCAUGGUCAAGGUCUGGGACGACCCCAGCAAGCACGACACGGGCUCCUCCGUCGCGGCUUUCAAGUACCGCUACCAGACCCGCGACGGCCACAUGGAGGACGGGUACCCGACCAUGAACCAGGACGUGCGCAAGCUCCCCAAGGACGACGCGGGGCACAAGUACCGCACCUGAGCAGCCAGCACGUGGGAAGUGGCGCCCAUCACUGUGCGCCACCGCCAAGGAUCCGUCCGGCUUUCAAAGUAAAACUGUUGUGUGUAGCCGAGGCGAGUGAAAGCAUAAGUCAGAAGUCAAAGUCAGUGCAAAGUCAUGUUCCGUAUCCGUGAAUGCAAGUGUAAAGGUGCA